UGAAUUUGUGUAUUCUAUUCACUUUGAUGUUGCGAGUUUGUGAAAAUAGAUCACCAAACGCAAUUGCGAUCCCUUAAUUAUAUGUAUAUAUACACAUUAAAUUUAAUUUACAACAGCAGUAAAAAUAACUGUAUUUAAACAGUAAUUUUAAAUAAGUGCUAGUAACAUCUUAUUAGCAUCCAUGUUCACAUGUAAUCACCUUCUAAUUUGAUCUACACUGUGUUACUAUAAACUCAAAUGCUGCAUUAAGUCUGUUAUUACCUCCAACCAUGUCUUUCUUGGUCUACCUCUGGGUUCCAGUCCCCAAUCAACUCAAUCUUCUAUCUGGUUUGUUUCUGGGUUUACAUUAAAGUUACGCUUUUACAGUUUGUCUUGUUUUAAAAAGGAUUGUAUAGCAAUUUACUGUAUUUAUUUGCAGUUUGUACAGUAUUUUUUAUGUUUUAAUGAAUGGUGUCAUUUAAAUUCUUUUUUAAAAAUUUUUUUUAAAGGUUUGCAUGAAAUUUGUUUAUAAUUUGUAAUUAAGAGUAUUUUGUAUGACAUUUGUUUAAAAUGAUUCAUAACUGCCGUUUGUAUAAAGAUAGCAAAGUAUAUGUCAAACUUUUAGAAAAUCAUUAAAAAAAAUUUAAAAUAAAAAUAAAAUAAAAAUCAUUGCGUGAACAUAAAGAACAAAUUAAGUAUAUUAUUUUUACCUGAAAAAGAUGGAGGAAAAUACAUGCUUGACAAAUUUAGCUGGUGAAUUACAAGCUGCGGUGGCCACAGAUGAUACAAAUGUUAAUAAGGAAAAGGUUAUAGAUGUGGUUAUUGGUGUUGAGGAAAACUCCUUAGUUGCAAAUUCUAUUACUGAGGUUCAUGAAAUAAUAAAACAGCAUGAAAUAGAAAACACAUUGAAGUUUUCAAUAUACACAAGUUGUGCUGGUUUUGGAAAUGCUGAUGUAUUUAAAAAGAAGCAUAAAGUGUAUUGGUCUGACACCCAUAUACAUUUUUUUGGUAUGCCUUACUUUAUACUUAGUACAAAAGUUUUGGAUUGUCAGCAUGGUAAAAAAAGAAGGCAUAAACAAGAAAAGGUUGGCAAUUGCAAAAGAAAAUAUAUCACUACAAAAAAGGUUGGCUGUGGCGCACAAAUAAAGCUAAAAGAAAUUAUUCUAUUUCCCCAAUUCAAGAUAGAUGAAAAUACUAAAUGGAAAAAAAACGAUAUGUCAAGGAAGGUGAGACUUGCUUUUGAAGGGGGAAACAUAACAAACAUGAUCACGAAAUUCAUUAUAACGUUGCCAGAUUUAUCAUCUCAUGUUAAUCAUGAACUAGGAGAGGCUGCUGGCGUUAGUCAAUCAAUAGAUAGUUUGGUCAUUAAAAGAAUUCAUGAAUUAGUAUUUGCUGGAGUGACAAGUGUUAGUGAAAUGCGAUUGCACUUGGAUGCUUUUGUACAAAAUGAGUUGUUUUAUGGAAAGGAUCUACCACCUAAAAGCAACAAAAGAUUUUACCCAGAAGAAAAGAAUAUACGUAGCCAAAUAUAUACAGCUAGGCAAAAGUAUGGUUAUUUACCAUUAAAAGAUGGAAAUAAUUAUGAAGAUACAUAUGAAACAACUGUCGGCGAAUAUAAUAUAUUGGAUCAUGGUGAAACAUGUUAUACAGAAAAUGUUGAAGAAGAAGUACACGAACCUGUUCUUAAGAAACAAGCUGUUCAAAAUUCAUAUGGUCCAGCUAGUAGGGAGAUUUUAGAUGAACUUAAAGGAUUAUCGUAUUUGACGGAGGGUAAUAUUGUGGUUAUGAAAAAAUUCCUGAAGUCUUUGGAAGAUAUGAAAAGCCUGUUAUCCAAUACGGUUCAGAAGAGUUGUGGCCUUACAGUAGAAUAUAAGACAGAAGAAAAGAAGAAACGAUGUAGACAAAAGUAACACCUUUUUGAAACAAAAUUUUUUUCUUACUUACUGUUUAUUAUAGUUCUAUCAAAUAAACUGAAUCUAAAUUGUAAUUUCUGAGGUUACAGCAUAUAAUGUUUUAUAACAAUGUAUUAAAGGGACAUUUAGAUACUAUAUAUAUAUUUUUGUACAUGCAUGCUUAAGAAAAAUACAUACAGUAGGUAAUGAUUUUCUUAAAAAGAUAAUUCUAAGAUAUGCAUCGUUCUUU